AUGCAUAUUUUUCCUAGAAAAUCCGAAUCGAGUGACGUCUCGCCGCUUAAACGUAUCGAACUCAUUCGAUUUUUGUCAGAAAAUGUCCAUUCUUUUUGGGUUGCUUCUAUAACUCAGGGGUGCAUAUUUUCACAGGAGGUCUGCGUUCAGACAGUUUUACGGAUCACAGUAUUUCUCAUCUCAGCCAACUCCGACCUCCCUCCUCCCUCGUCGCCGGACUUCCGUUUUCUCACCACCGUCGGACUGUUCUUCCUCUCAACUCUGCAGCUCCCUCCGUCUACAAUCUCUCUCCGGCCACAGCUCCCUUCGUCUGCAAUCUCUCUCGGUCCGCAGCUCCCUCCGUCAGUAACCUCUCUCUGUCUGCAACUUCCAUGCGUCCGCAACCUCCUUCCUUCGUGUCUUGCUUCCUCUCAGCCGGUACACUCAGCUCCGGUCAGCCUCGACUCUUCCUCUUCAUAUACUUCAAGCGUCUUCAGGAGCCAUUUUGGUGAGUUGUGCAUAUAUUAA